GGCAAGCUGCUGGCGCCCUGCCAGGGCGGCAGGCUGCGGAAGGCCCUGGCGCUGCUCGGUGCCGCCGCCCUGCUGUCCACCGUCGGCUGCGCGGUCGCCCGAGCCCAGCGGCCCGACGUCCCCGGGCGCGGCUCCGCGGCCGACGUAGUUGGCGAGGACAUCGAGCUGGGCAGCGGGGCGGUGCCGCAGGGCCUCGAGCGG